AUUAUUUGGAAGCAGUAUCUCGCAAAAAAAACCUUGUGUUCGCAGCCAUUUUAUGCAUCCAAUUAGUUUCGUUGAAAAUCUAUAAAAUUUGAGAAAAUAAAAAGUUUUGGUGUUGUUUUUGUCGUUGAUGUGUGUUCCAUCAAUUGCGGAGGAGGUGUCUAAACAAAGAAAUGAUGUAUGAAAUAAGUUAAUUUGGGCGAAGCCAUUUCAUUCGAUCCAUUGUGACAUCUUUAUUUUCCGCCCUUCCAACCGAGAAUAUCUAAUAUCCUUGGUGGUAAAGACGGGGUUUUUAGUCUUCUAAGAAGCCCUGGAAGGUUUAAAAGUUCAAACCAUGGGCAACAAUGCCGCUACUGCGAACAAAAAAGUCGAUUCAGCUGAAAGUGUCAAGGAAUUUCUGGACCAAGCAAAGGAAGAUUUCGAGGAAAAAUGGAAAAAAAAUCCGACAAACACUGCCAGCCUCGACGACUUCGAUCGAAUAAAAACUUUAGGUACGGGUUCCUUUGGGAGAGUGAUGAUUGUACAACAUAAACCAACUAAGGAAUACUAUGCCAUGAAAAUUCUUGAUAAACAAAAAGUUGUCAAAUUGAAGCAAGUUGAACAUACUCUCAAUGAAAAGCGAAUUUUACAAGCUAUCAAUUUUCCAUUUCUUGUCAGCUUAAGGUUUCACUUCAAAGAUAAUUCUAAUUUGUAUAUGGUGCUGGAAUAUGUACCAGGAGGGGAAAUGUUUUCUCAUUUAAGAAAAGUUGGCAGAUUCUCAGAGCCCCACUCACGAUUUUAUGCUGCACAAAUAGUACUUGCAUUCGAAUACCUCCAUUACUUGGAUCUGAUAUAUAGAGAUCUGAAACCUGAGAAUUUGUUGAUUGAUUCUCAGGGUUAUUUAAAAGUGACAGAUUUCGGGUUUGCGAAGAGGGUUAAAGGUCGCACUUGGACACUCUGCGGAACUCCAGAAUAUCUCGCUCCAGAAAUAAUUCUCAGUAAAGGUUAUAACAAAGCUGUUGACUGGUGGGCAUUGGGGGUUCUCGUAUAUGAGAUGGCUGCCGGAUAUCCACCUUUCUUUGCGGAUCAACCAAUACAAAUUUAUGAGAAAAUCGUGUCUGGAAAAGUCCGUUUCCCGUCCCAUUUUGGAUCUGAUCUGAAGGACCUUCUCCGAAACUUACUACAAGUAGAUCUUACAAAACGUUAUGGUAAUCUCAAAGCUGGUGUCAAUGACAUCAAAGGACAUAAAUGGUUUGCUUCCACUGAUUGGAUUUCCAUCUUCCAAAGAAAGAUUGAAGCUCCUUUUAUACCCCGUUGUAAGGGACCAGGGGAUACAAGCAACUUUGACGACUAUGAAGAGGAACAACUACGUAUAUCAUCAACGGAGAAAUGUGCUAAAGAAUUUGCUGAAUUUUAAGGAGAACAUCAUUUCAUUUAUGUAAGUAGUUGUGUAAUUUCCUAAGGCUGUUGUUUCAGCAAUGCCAUAUUGCUUCUCCAGACACUGUGCACUCUGUACCUUUAGUUCCAGUUGAUGUGGCUCAUAUAAAUAUGAAUUAUUGGCUAGGUAGGUUUGAAGUAUUAGAUGCUAGGAAUAGAUUCUGUGCAUUAUCUUGAUUUGACUAUUAUUGUACAUAUUGUAACAUAGUAUAGGUUGCACUAUUUACAUUAAAUAGUGGUCAAAAAUACAGCUUUUGUUUUUGACAUCAAUUCAUCUCAGAUAAUCAAUCAUAUGUUCUUGCUUCAUGUUCAGGAUUGAUUCUAAAACCUAGCAUUACGAUUUGCUACUAUACUAAUGUUUGUGGAAGAAUCUUUGUAGCUUUAAAAGAUAGGAGGUCUCGAUGUUGAGGCAACUAAGGCUAACAUCAGUUUGAUUUUAUUGAAUUGGACCUGUUAAACAAUAUUUUACCUUUAGGACUGAACCCAAGUCAAAUAUCAUGACUCUCCUAAAAAUGUUUGUCAUCAGAAUUAUACAUUUUAAGGUAUUAUCCAUUUGAAUUUAUUUGUAAACUUAUUACAUGUAUGUAUAUCCCUUUAUAAUAGAUUAGUAAGAGUAUAGUCAUUGAUCAUGAAUCUUUGAAGAAUGGUAUGUAAUUAUAUUUAUUGUUAAAAUAAUUCUAAAAGUUGUUUUCAGUAAUAUAUAUUUUUUUUCAUUGGAA